CGAGUCAUUCAGACAGUUGGAAGGUCAUCCAGUGAGGGAGACCUACGUGGUGGCUGUCACUUUUGGUACCGUGGACAUGUUUUAAACUGAAGAAAAUAGUUUCAUUAGAGUUCCCUCUGUCCAUGAAUGAAGCGGUAAAACUAUCCACUCCGUCACAAUGUGGAAAUCCUCCGGUGGGUCAAAAAACACCUUCAACUCGGCAACAGGACUCCGCGCUGCUGCCGCCGCGGUCACCUGUCUGCUCGUGACCGGGAUGCUGGUCGUCACUCUCGGACACCCGAGCAGCGGAGACCCGGUGGAGCCUCCAGCUGCAGCGACGAGCGGAAAAGUUUUCUCGGCGUAUUUCAAGAAACUGACCCGGGAGAGAAGGGCAAUAAGCGCCCCCCCGCGGAAAAGCGCUCCGCGCGGGCCGGUGGAGCAUCUCUCCCCGGCCGACCUGUUCAUAGCGGUGAAAACAACCGGAAGAUAUCACCGACAGAGACUGGAGCUCCUGUUGGACACCUGGAUCUCCAGAAACGUGCAACAGACGUACGUUUUCACUGAUGGAGAGGACGAGAAGUUGAGGACAAGGAUGGGAGCUCACCUGAUCAACACCAACUGUUCAGCGGCACACAAUCGUCAGGCCCUCUCCUGUAAAAUGGCUCUGGAAUAUGACACUUUUAUUAAAUCCGGCAAGAAGUGGUUCUGUCACGUUGAUGAUGAUAACUACCUGAACGUCGGCUCGCUCCUGAAACUCUUGUCUCAGUACAGUCACACGCAGGAUAUUUACAUCGGCCGGCCCAGCCUCGAGCGACCAAUAGAGGCCACAGAGAGGCUCUGCACCACCGAAAUGAAGCAGGUGCGCUUCUGGUUCGCUACAGGAGGAGCAGGAUUCUGUCUGAGCCAUGGCCUUGCUCUGAAGAUGAAGCCCUGGGCGAGUGGUGGCACUUUCAUGGCGACAGCUGAGCACAUUCGCCUCCCAGACGACUGCACAGUCGGUUACAUCGUCGAAGCGCUACUUAGCGUGAGCCUCAUCCGCUCUGCAUUGUUCCACUCCCACCUGGAGAACCUGGGACUGGUGUCAGACAUACACAGCCAGGUGACUCUCAGCUACGGCACAAUGGAAAACAACAGAAACACUGUCAACCUGAAAGGACCAUUUUUAAAAAGUGAAGAUCCCACAAGGUUCAGGUCGGUCCAUUGUCUGCUGUAUCCAGACACUCCUUGGUGCCCCAGCUCCCGGCAACUUUAACACCCUUCCAGAGACACAGACUGAAUGAAUAAGUAAAUGUCUGCCUAAACUCAAUUUUCUCUGAUGGAGGAGGAAAUCAUUACAGACAUCCAGGAAUAACAUGAAGGAGUCACACUGCUGCCCUCCGCUGGCUCCUGAAUACUGAAGAAUCUCAGAAACAUUUGGACAUAAACGUUUUCCUUAUGUCCCACAGCAAUCUGAGUAGUAGACUGUGUUUUUAGGAAGGACUGCCAUUUUACUAGUUUGACAUCUGAACUCUAUCACCCGAUUCAAAAGGCCCAAAAUUGGAACAAGAGUAGAAAAGUAGUGAUGGAUGUUUGGAAGGAUGAAAAAUUGAGCCACAACUUUGUUAUUCCUUGACCCUGAAGAAAAGAAAAUGUAAAGUUUGACCCGAGGGUGGCACGGGAGGACAAGCCAUGUUGUUACCUAAAUCAAAAGGGUGUAUCCUCUGUACGGUGGACAUCUCAGCUCCAAACGUAGAGGUGAGCCUGUCAAACGUCUGUCUAAUCUCAACAUGAAUCAGCUUCAGAUGCACCUCGCCACGCUCAGCAGUCCUGUCAGUUUUGGCUAUUGUUUGUUAGCUUCAGCUGUACUCUGCAUACUCUGCAUUGAGUUUAAUGCUACUGUUGCUUAUUUCUUUAUUAAUUGCUGAGAUCUGGGAUCAGAUCAGAUUGUUGCUUUAAUUGUUUUUAUGUUAGUGAGUUUUGGAAGUGCUGGAAGGCAGAUUUUGUUACCUUUGGACCAGAACUUCUUUUUAACGAUUACUAGAUCUUAGAAAUUACUUUGGUGAGUACGAUGUUUUUCUGACGAGAGAAACGAUUGCCAAAACUAUGAAAGACCCAAGUAGUAAUAAACCAGCAUUAUUCUUUUACUGUACAUCUCAACGUUGGGUAAGUGGAAAUUUUGUUGGUGCUCCUUGAAAAGUCAGAGAAUCACCAAAGUCCCCAAAGCAUUCAUCCUAUAAACGUAUUGGCAAUCCACCCAAUAGUUAGUAAAAAGAGAUAUUUCACUCUGAACCAAAGUGUUGGAUCAACAGACGAACCGACAGAUUGAGACCAUCAUCCCUGGAGCCAUGCCAGGCGUCCAUCAUGACUAAAGAUGAGACUUGAUUUAAAUGAAUCUUUGUUGCUGGACUGUCCCACUCUUUCACCAUCACUUACCGUCCCAUGACAAUAGUAUAGGAGUUUUGUCCACUCAAAAUCUCUUCUGUCUAAUGUAGCUUGCUCGUCUUUUGCUUGCAUUGUCCUACAUUUCCAGUGUCUUCUCUCCACUUUCUCAGCUCUGAAAGAUCAAUCUUUUGAAGGUAUGUGAAUAUGUUACUUAGUCGCCACCCUGCGCCCCUACAUGCUGCAGUGUUAACCAGUUUGGAUUCAAUACGUGACACUGUUACACUGAAUAGAUGAAGUGAAGUAAUUAACACAGAAAUGCAUAAGGUUCAGUUCAUCAUUUUUUAGCAUGUUGGAGCAAAAAACAUGUAGGGGAUUUUGAUGGUGUUAUAGAAUCCAGACUCCGUAUCUGAAGUUUUAUGUUGUCAGUGUUCAGUAUUAUCUUUUCUCUGAAGUAUAUCAUAAUGACUGAGCACUUUGCUGUUUUAUUUCUGCUGUUUGCCGUUCAUCAUAAGAUAAAAGGAUAUUAGAGAAGAAUUUUAUAGUACGCUCAUUUGUUUUCUUAACGAGGGUUAAGAGAAGAUUGAUUCCACUUUGGUGUAUGUACACUAAAUAUAAAGCUACCAGUUAGCUUAGCUAACCGGAAACCACUAGCCUGGCUCUGUCCAAUAUAAUCCCCUGUAAAAGCACAAAACAAGCAAGAUAUGUUGGUAUGGCUGGUAAGCAGAUAACCCAUAGACAAAACCAGGCUGGCUGUUUCUUCUUGUCACUAGUCUUUAUGGUAGGCUAGGUUAACUGCAAACUAUUUUGUCUAAUUUUAUAUUUGGAACUCAUCCAGUGAGGCCUCUGUUACAAAAUAUUCUUUUAUAUUCUAAAAAGGUGGAUCUCACCUGUCUUGGGUGCAUAAUGAUUAUUAAUGAUGUCACACUGCUUUUAAAACAUUAUACUGUAGCAGAUAACAAAGCUAUCCCCUUUGUGGUUUUAUCGACAAAUGACUCAUGUUGGGUCGUCUUCUAUCUUUCUGUGCAUUGAAAGCAGUUGUUACAACUGAAUGAAAGUCAUUAAGUUAAAUUCUGUCCCUUGUUAAAUGAAUGUAUAUGAUGAACAACUGAAGUGUACAUGCUCACUCCAGUAUCUGGACUGUAUGUAGACAUGAAAGUCAAUAAAAACAGUUGUGUGUCCCUUUCAGUAUACUUGAAAGGGACACUGCUUCGACCUUU